UAUUUUCUCUCGUUUUCUCUGGACUAAUCCCUAGCUAUCUACGGAACUCUCUAUCGACUUAUUUCACACUGCCGCCUCAUUACCGCCGGCGAUUUUCCCUCUCCGGCGCCGAACUUCACCGACGUACAACUUCAACCACAACCACAGAUUGUUGAAAGACAUAGAGGUGUUUAUGCACUAGUUUCAAAAAAGUAAUUUUGAAUGUGUUUAUUGGAUACCAUAUUUGCUAUGUGGUAAUUACGACUAUAGGCAAAGUGAGAUACAAAGCAUUUGGAAUGAUUUGUUAUGGCCCAACAGUCAUCCAGGCUUCAGCGCUUACUUACACUCUUGGACACUGGCUCAACCCAAGCAACAAGGUUGACUGCAGCUCGGCAGAUAGGGGAGAUUGCAAAAUCGCACCCUCAAGACUUGACCAGUCUUCUUAAGAAGGUUUCUCAAUAUCUAUGCAGUAAAAAAUGGGAUACAAGGGUUGCAGCUGCCCAUGCAAUUGGGUCUAUUGCUGAGAAUGUUAAGCACAUAAGCUUGAAUGAACUCAUUGCUUCUGUUGUAACAAAAAUGUCUGAGAGUGGGAUAUCUUGUAGUGUUGAGGAUCUGUGUGCAUGGCCUUAUUUACAAACAAAAAUUACAGGAAGCUCAUUUAGAAGCUUUGAUAUGAAUAAGGUGCUUGAAUUUGGAGCUUUAUUAGCAUCGGGAGGACAGGAAUACGAUAUUGGAACUGAUAAUAUAAAGAACCCAAAGGAGCGAUUGGUUCGCCAGAAGCAAAAUCUCCGACGCCGUUUAGGUUUGGAUGUCUGCGAACAAUUUAUGGAUAUCAAUGAUGUAAUAAGAGACGAAGAUCUUUUGGCACACAGAUCAGACUCGUAUCUCAAUGGCAUAGAUCAUAAAGUUUUUACAUCUUGUUCGGUACAUAACAUCCAGAAAAUGGUUGCAAAUAUGGUUCCUAGUGUCAAAUCAAAGUGGCCGAGUGCUAGAGAACUGAAUCUUCUAAAACGUAAAGCAAAAAUUAAUUCAAAGGACCAAACAAAGAGCUGGUCUGAAGAUGCAACAGAGACUUCAGGCGCUCAAAAUUUGACUCCAAAAGGCACAUGUCCUGAUUCAGUAAAUCAUAGUAAGGCAUUUGCGCAAGUUAAUUAUGAUGAAGAUGGGUUUGAGCAUGAUGGAGAUGGACAAUGGCCUUUCAGUACUUUUGUUGAGCAACUUAUUAUUGAUAUGUUUGAUCCUGUUUGGGAGGUACGGCAUGGUAGCGUGAUGGCAUUGAGAGAGAUUUUAACCCAUCAAGGUGCUUCUGCUGGCGUGUUUAAACACGACCCACACUUGGGUGAGACCUCGUUCGUGGAAUCAGAAGACAAAAAUAUAUCAAAUACGUUGAAGAGAGAGAGGGACAUUGAUUUAAAUUUGCAAGUAUCAGCAGAUGAGUAUGUCUUGAACUUGAAGAGGCCAAAACUUGAAGAUGUAUCAUUGUCAGCCUCUAUAGAUAGUGUGAUGACUUGCAGCAAUGAUGGUGAUAUUGAAAACAGCGUUAGUUCUGAAACCCAGGGGUGCAAUUUACCUCUGGAUUGUGGUAAUGGGAAAUAUGAUGGUAGUUCUUUUGACAUGAAUCUGGAAACUCACUCUGACAGUUUACAUGAUGCAUGCAAGGAACCUGCUAAUAUAGCAGUGCAGAAGGGUUAUUCUGUCGACACAAAUAUUGCCUCUGGAAAACGUAAUCUGCUGAGAAAUCUUCCUCAGAACUGUGAGCUGAUGAACUUGGUUAAAGUGGCUAGAAGUUCCUGGCUUCGAAACUGUGAAUUUCUUCAUGACUGUGUCAUACGCUUUUUGUGUGUAUUGUCACUCGACCGCUUUGGAGAUUAUGUAUCUGAUCAGGUUGUUGCUCCAGUGCGUGAAACCUGUGCACAGGCAUUAGGUGCUGCUUUCAAGUAUAUGCAUGCUGCACUAGUGAAUGAAACACUGAACAUAUUAUUGAAAAUGCAGUGUAGUCCAGAAUGGGAGAUUCGUCAUGGCAGUCUUCUGGGCAUCAAAUAUUUGGUUGCUGUACGGCAGGAGAUGCUUUCCGAUUUGCUUGGACGUGUUCUUCCUGCAUGUAAAUCUGGGUUGGAGGAUCCAGAUGAUGAUGUCCGAGCAGUUGCUGCUGAUGCUUUAAUACCAGCUGCAGCUGCAAUUGUUGCUUUGCAGGGUCAAACACUACAUUCAAUUGUGAUGCUGUUGUGGGAUAUAAUGCUUGAUUUGGAUGAUUUAAGUCCGUCCACUAGCAGUGUAAUGAAUCUGCUUGCAGAAAUCUAUUCUCAUGAAGAGAUGGUCCCGAAGAUGUGUAAAGUUCUUAAAUUGGAAGACAAGGAAAUAGAAAAUGGAGCUGGUGGUUGUGGUGAUGUUGAAGAAAAUCCUUUUGUACUUGCAACUUUGGCACCACGUUUGUGGCCCUUUAUGAGGCAUAGUAUCACAUCUGUCCGUUAUUCAGCUAUACGAACUCUGGAGAGGCUACUUGAAGCUGAAUAUAAGAGAAGCGUGUCUGAGCUUUCUAGUGCUUCAUUUUGGCCCUCUUCUAUAAUUGGAGAUACCCUUAGAAUUGUAUUUCAGAAUUUACUAUUGGAAACGAAUGAAGGUGUUUUGCAAUGUUCUGAGAGAGUUUGGAGUCUCCUUGUUCAGUGUUCUGUGGAGGACCUGGAGACAGCUGCAAGGUCUUACAUGUCAUCCUGGACAGAACUUGCAUCUACACCUUUUGGUUCAGCAUUAGAUGCCUCAAAGAUGUUUUGGCCUGUUGCCUUUCCACGAAAAAGUCAAUUUAGAGCAGCAGCUAAAAUGAGAGCUGCGAAGAUUGAAAAUGAAUAUGGUGGAGAUCUUGGUCUUGAAUCUACUAAAUCAACGAUUCCGCAAGAUAGAAAUGGAGAUGUUCCUACGAAUUCCAUUAAGAUAGUUGUUGGUGCUGAGGUUGACACGUCUGUAACUCGUACCCGGGUAGUUACAGCAACUGCUUUGGGAAUUUUUGCUUCUAAGCUUCCAAAGGUUUCUUUAAAUUAUGUAAUUGAUCCACUGUGGAGUUCAUUAACCUCUCUGUCCGGUGUCCAACGCCAGGUUGCAUCGAUGGUACUUAUUUCUUGGUUCAAGGAGAUUAGGAUCAGGAAUUUGUCUGAAAAUCUCAAUGGUACUCCUACUUUCCUCAAAGAUUGGUUGCUGGACUUAUUAGCAUGUUCUGACCCUGCAUUCCCAACAAAAGGUUCACUUCUUCCUUAUGCCGAGCUUUCAAGAACUUAUUCAAAGAUGCGAAGUGAGGCUGGUCAGUUGCUAAAUGCAGUCAAGUCUUCUGAUAUGUUUAGCGAGUUAUCAACAACCAAUAUCGAGUUGGAUAACUUGAGUGUGGAUGAUGCCAUUGGCUUUGCAUCAAAAAUUCCUGCAAUGUCUAAUGAUAGUUCUGCAAAUGAUUCUUUGAGAAAGAACAUUAUGGAUGAUAUUGAAUCGUCAAAACAGAGGCUCUUAACAACUUCUGGCUAUUUGAAAUGUGUUCAGAGUAAUUUGCAUGUUACGGUUACAUCUGCAGUUGCUGCUGCAGUUGUGUGGAUGUCUGAAUUUCCUUCACGGCUCACUCCCAUCAUUUUGCCUUUGAUGGCUUCAAUCAAACGAGAGCAGGAGGAAAUACUGCAAAUUAAGUCAGCUGAGGCUCUUGCUGAGUUAAUAUAUCACUGCGUCUCACGUAGACCUUGCCCCAAUGAUAAAUUAAUUAAGAACAUAUGUAGUUUGACUUGCAUGGAUCCCUCUGAGACUCCCCAAGCUAAAUCCAUUUGUUCCAUUGAGAGUAUCGAUGACCAAGGUCUUCUGUCUUUCAGAACUCCUGUGAAUAAACAGAAGUCAAAGGUGCAUGUGCUGACUGGUGAGGAUCGAUCUAAGGUGGAAGGAUUUAUAAGUAGACGUGGAUCUGAGCUAUCAUUGAGGCUUCUGUGUGAGAAGUUUGGUGUUUUGCUAUUUGAUAAGCUUCCCAAGCUAUGGGAUUGCCUUACUGAGGUUCUUAAGUCAAGCUCCUCUAAAUCUCUACUUGCUGCUGAUGAUGCUUCUGAGGCAAUUGAGUUUGUUUGUGAUCCUCAGACCUUGAUUAACAAUAUCCAGGUCGUGCGGUCUGUUGCUCCCUUGUUAAAUGAGGAGUUGAAGCCAAAACUUUUGACACUCCUCCUAUCCAUUUUUAAAUGUGUUAAACAUUCUCAUGUCGCAGUUAGACUAGCUGCUUCACGCUGCAUCACUUCCAUGGCCCAGUCAAUGACCGUGAAAGUUAUGGGAGCCGUGGUUGAAAAUGCUAUCCCUAUGUUGGAAGAUGCAUCGUCAGUUCAUGCCCGACAAGGAGCAGGCAUGUUGAUUAGCUUUCUUGUUCAGGGGCUUGGUGUUGAGUUGGUUCCUUAUGCUCCUCUGCUGGUAGUUCCUCUUUUACGAUGCAUGAGUGAUUGUGAUCAGUCUGUCAGACAGAGUGUGACCCAUAGCUUUGCUGCUCUUGUACCUCUACUUCCUUUAGCACGCGGUGUUCCUCAACCAAUUGGAGUAGGGGAAGGUAUAUCUAGAAAUGCAGAAGAUUUACAUUUUCUGGAGCAACUACUUGAUAACUCGCACAUUGAAGAUUACAAGUUGUGCACUGAAUUGAAAGUAACUUUGAGAAGGUAUCAACAGGAAGGCAUAAAUUGGUUAGCUUUUUUGAAACGUUUCAAACUUCAUGGAAUUUUAUGUGAUGACAUGGGGCUUGGUAAGACACUUCAGGCAUCAGCAAUUUUGGCCUCUGAUAUAGUUGAGCAUCAAACUCAAAUCGGCAAUGAGGAUCUUCUGCCAUCUUUAAUCAUUUGCCCGUCAACACUAGUUGGACACUGGGCCUUUGAGAUAGAAAAGUAUAUUGAUGCUUCAGUCAUAUCUAGUCUUCAGUAUGUUGGGUCUGCACAGGAUCGAAUGCUUCUUCGAGAUAGUUUUUGCAAGCAUAAUGUUAUUAUAACGUCAUAUGAUGUUGUCCGUAAAGAUACUGAUUAUUUCGGACAGCUGUUGUGGAAUUACUGCAUUUUAGAUGAAGGACAUAUAAUAAAAAAUGCCAAAUCCAAAGUUACUCUCGCUGUAAAGCAGUUGAAAGCUCAACACCGUUUGAUACUGAGUGGGACACCAAUACAGAAUAACAUAAUGGACUUGUGGUCCCUUUUUGAUUUUCUGAUGCCUGGAUUUCUUGGAACAGAGAGACAGUUCCAAAGCACAUAUGGAAAACCACUUGUAGCUGCAAGAGAUCCAAAGUGCUCUGCUAAGGAGGCCGAAGCUGGAGCGCUUGCUAUGGAAGCAUUACAUAAGCAGGUCAUGCCUUUCCUUCUUCGGAGGACAAAGGAUGAAGUCUUGUCCGAUCUGCCAGAGAAAAUAAUCCAAGAUAGAUACUGUGAUUUGAGCCCUGUACAACUUAAACUGUACGAACAGUUUUCUGGUUCUCGUGCAAAGCAAGAGAUGUCAUCUGUAGUAACAACGAAUGAGUCAGCUGCCGCAGAAGGAAGUAGCAGUUCUACUAAAGCAUCUUCACAUGUUUUCCAGGCACUACAGUACUUGCUAAAACUCUGUAGUCAUCCGUUGCUUGUAAUUGGUGGGAAGAUUCCAGAUUCAUUCUCUAGCAUCCUUUCGGAACUGUUUCCUGCUGGCUCUGAUGUCAUUUCAGAACUUCACAGACUCCAUCACUCCCCAAAAUUAGUUGCUCUUCACGAGAUUCUUGAAGAAUGUGGAAUUGGAGUCGAUGCUUCAAGUUCUGAAGCUGCUGUUGGCAUUGGGCAGCAUAGGGUCUUGAUAUUUGCUCAACAUAAAGCGUUCUUGGAUAUAAUUGAAAGAGAUUUGUUUCAGACACACAUGAAAAAUGUCACAUAUCUGCGGCUGGAUGGAUCAGUUGAGCCCGAGAAGCGAUUUGAAAUUGUAAAAGCUUUCAAUUCAGAUCCUACCAUUGAUGUCUUAUUACUUACGACUCAUGUGGGCGGGCUUGGUUUGAACCUAACAUCUGCAGAUACCCUUGUUUUUGUGGAGCAUGACUGGAAUCCUAUGCGCGAUCUUCAGGCUAUGGAUAGAGCGCACAGGUUAGGCCAGAAAAAAGUAGUUAAUGUUCACCGUCUAAUAAUGCGUGGUACUUUGGAAGAGAAAGUUAUGAGUCUACAGAAGUUUAAGGUGUCGGUGGCUAAUGCUGUCAUUAAUGCGGAAAAUGCCAGUUUGAAAACCAUGAAUACAGAUCAGCUGCUCGAUUUAUUUGCUUCAGCAGAAAUCCCCAAGAAGGGGUCUUCUGCUGUGAAGAGUUCAGAGGACAACUUUGAUGGAGACACUAAAUUAGUGGGAAAUGGAAAGGGAUUGAAAGCAAUUCUUGGGGGAUUAGAGGAUCUAUGGGACCAAUCACAAUAUACAGAGGAGUACAAUCUCAGUCAAUUUUUGGCGAAGCUUAAUGGUUAAUGUUCCAGAUUCAUUUCAGAGUCGGAGUGUACAUAUAUCCAAGACUACAAAUUUUGACAUUGUAACAUCUCAAUUUUUUCUCCCAUGCCCUUUGCCUCAUAUUUUGUCGUCACUUAUUUAAGUACCCCAAAUGGUACCAUAUACCUGUGUCCUGUGUGCAUGCAGGCAAGUAAAUCAGUGUCUGUAUUUUACAGGACAUUGAGGAGAGUGAGGUGAUAUGUAGAGAAAUGAACUAGUGGCGGCUAUGGGAGAGGGGAUGGAGUAACAAUUUUUUUCUUUCUUGGAUUUUGUAUAUAUAGAUAUAUACAUUCAAUCCCAAUUAUAGUUAUAGUUGUUGCUAACACGAAAUACAUUGCAUUUUGCUAAUCUACAAA